CCGAAACUAAUUUCAAAUCCUCAUCUCGGUCGUUUCUUCCCUUCUAAAUACUUUCUGCUUCUCUUUUGCCGGAAGUUUGCUAGUCAUCUCAUCUUGAAAACCCUACAAAAAGGAACAAUGGGGAGGUCACCAUGUUGCGACGAGGUCGGCCUAAAGAAGGGCCCAUGGACGCCGGAGGAGGACAAGAAGCUGAUGGAAUUCAUUCAUAAGCAUGGUCAUGAGAGCUGGCGGCGGCUCCCGAAGCUUGCCGGCCUCAACAGGUGCGGUAAGAGCUGCCGGCUCCGAUGGACCAACUACCUUCGGCCCGAUAUCAAGAGAGGCAAGUUCUCUCAAGAAGAAGAGAAGCUCAUCAUCGACCUCCACUCGGUUCUUGGGAAUAAGUGGUCAGCAAUGGCAACCCGUUUACCAGGGAGGACGGAUAAUGAGAUCAAGAACUACUGGAACACCCAUUUAAGGAAGAAGCUCCUUCAGAUGGGUAUAGACCCGGUGACGCAUAGGCCGAGAACCGAUCUCAAUCUAUUUGGCGGCCUUCGCGACCUUCUCCCUGCCGCCAACUUUGGAAACUUGAGUCAUUUGGAUAAUGCUCUUAAGCUACAGGCAGAUGCUGCUCUCUUGGCCAGGUUGCAGGUGGUGCAAAACCUAAUUCAGGUUCUAACUAAUAGCCCCACUUCAAAUCUAGAUUUGAUGGGUCUCUUGGGAUCAGCCUCCCUUGGGAAUCCCCAAUUGAGUUACUUCCAGCAGUUGAGUCGCCAGUACGAGGGGCUUAUUAAUAGCUCUCUCAGCCCUCAUGGUUCGAUUCAAAUGCCUUCAAGCCUUCCAAAUUUGGGCUUCCAAAACUUGCUGAAUAAUAUUCAAGCUUACAGCAAGUCAAGGCUUUCCCUCGAUGGAGGAGAAGUGGCUGUGCAGCUCGAUGGUGUUAGUGCUUAUUCUUAUUCCUUUCCAACUUCAAGUUCCGCACCUUCGCUUGUUCCAGCCUCUCCAGAGGAUAACCACAUAGAUCAAAUGCAAGGUCACGCCACCUCGAGCAAUGUAUCAUCCACCACAGCACCCUUUGAACCUUGGGAAGACCUAAAUUUAGAUGAUAUUAGCAGUGACUUUGGCUGGAAAGAUUUUCUAGAGUAA